UGUUUCUUUUGCAUGACUACUGUGCUGUGCUGUGUUCCUGUGGCUUCAGGCGUGUUACCGGUCAGUGGGAUGAGGGUGUACACGUCGGGGGAGGUGGAGGCGGUGAACGGCACAGAUGUGCGGCUGAAAUGUACCUUCCAGAGCAGCUCGCCCAUCACCCCAGCAAUGAUCACGGUCUCAUGGAGCUUCCGCCCCCUCGGACAUGGCCAUGAGGAGUCAGUGAGUCACCCUGACUGAUUGUAGAACCCUCUGGGCAUCCUCGAGAUGAAGUUCAGAGACAGUGUGUGUGUGUGUGUGUGUUUCUAAUCUGCAUUCUGUUGUUUGUCAAGGACCUCUGAGUCAACCAUCAACUUCAUUGUCAGCGUCAUUUUGGAAUCUGGCUGAACCGUUUAGAAAAAUUACAUUGUUUUGGAAAUGCUAUUGUUGGAGAAAGUCAAUUAGAGGCGACAAUUAAGUAAAUGAGAUGCAAUUAGCUACCCUCUAAUGAGAUGCAAUGUGAUCUCAUUAAGCAUUGUGCCCAUCUAUGCCAGGUGUUCUACUACCAUGAGAGGCCUUACCCUCCGCCAGACGGGCGUUUCCAUAAGCGGGCGACAUGGGCGGGUGACAUCAUGGGGCGGGACGCCUCCAUUGUGGUGCAUGAGGUCAAGUUCACCUACAACGGGACAUUCAGCUGCCAGGUGAAGAACCCUCCAGACGUCCACGGCAACGCGGGGGAGGUGAAACUAAACGUGGUCACCACAGGUAGUUUCUGUCUACUGUGAAGCGUACAAGGGUGCUGGGUUAAAAUAUACUGUAGACGUGUCUGCUGUCCAAUCUUUGGCCUCAGGCUGUGAAAACCUCCCAUCAAUCUUUACAAAACCAAUCUGGCCCAUUUGUCAUUUAUUCCAUCCAGCAGCUCCUUUCUCACAGUAACAAGAGGUACUAAUCCUAACACAUCCCAUAAAGUCAUUAUCAUGUAUCUCCCCCUGGGAACCAGCCAUCUAGUCAUGUUUGAAUAGAUAAAGUGACAGUUUCCUCUUUGUCUAUUUAAUUUCCCCCUCUUUUCUUUACAGCCUCCUUCUCUGAGAUUGUCAUUCUGGCUGCAGCCAUCGGGGGCGCCAUCAUGCUGAUGGUCAUCUUCCUCGUCAUCAUCAUGUCAAUAAGGCGAUGUCGCUAUAAGAGACAGGAGGAGGAGGAGGGGGUGGAGGAACUGCCUCGCAGAGAGAGAAAGGACCCUACCGUGUGGUAA